AUGUCAGCCAACGAGUCGAAACGCCGCUCUGAACCGAAACUGAUAGACAAGACCGCCGACCCUACCAUAAGUUGCGCCUUGAAUCAUAUUGCAUUCGGUGAAAAGCCAAGCUACGAAGCUCUGUCAUACAGAUGGGGCGAAGAGGCUCCUGUGCACACGAUUGUGCUCAAUGGUCAUCCAUUCGUCGUGAGGAGGAAUCUUUAUGAUGCUCUGCUCUACCUCCAGAAUAGAGGCAAUGGCGGACUUCUGUGGGUUGACGCGAUCUGCAUUGACCAAGCGAAUGUGCAGGAGCGCAACAGGCAGGUUGCCAUUAUGAGACAUAUUUACUUCAGAGCACAAACAGUCGUUGUUUGGUUGGGAAGUACUUAUUCACAAUUCCAAGAGGGAAUGGGCCCUCUUGAGGCUCGCUUUGCUCCAGAAGAGAGCUCGAUGGAUGAAAGCCCGACCACUGCGACGGAAUCCGGCGAGGCCAACGACGAACAUGCGACAAAUUUGGAAUGCGAGCGCGAAAUGGUGCUUCGGUUGGCGAAAGACGAGUACUGGAACCGAGUCUGGAUCAUUCAAGAGAUCGGACAUGCUAGGCAGAGGCGGGUCUGCUUUGGAAACAUGGAGUUGAGUUGGGGUAAUUUCAUCAGGAUGAUGACCCACCACAGCGUCACGAAUGAAGGGCCACUUCGAUUAAACCAGCAAGUCGAACAGAAAUACCAGGGUUCUCAUACUUUGAGACGUCUUCUUCACGAUCACCAGAAGUCUCGAUGCCAAGACCCAAAAGAUAAGAUCUUUGGGCUGAUUGGUCUAGCAGUGGAUGGCAAUGGUUACCCCAGCCCAGACUAUGACAAGUCAGUGAUUCAAAUUUGGACCGAAACGAUGGGGUUCAUGAACAGCCGAAGCAUGUUCGAUGAUGAGAAUGAACUUGAUAUUUUAUCGCACGCAAAUUUGGUUAAAUUCCUUCUCAUGGGGACACGAAGCACACCCAUUCAACAAAUCUUGAGACCCUAUGUUGCAGAACCUGAGAGACAACUUAUCUCACUCCAAUAUGGAUAUAUACACCCCCACGCAUUCAAAUUGACUGGAUAUCUCCUUGGAACUAUUCGAUCUCUAGGCCCUUCAGUGAAAGACGUGGCUGGCAAUCUAGAUAAAGUCGACGAGUGGUCCCAUGGGGUCCAAACCAACUACGGAGACGAUCUUGGAAAUGCCUGCAGGCAGAGCGACGAUCUUAUAGGGGCUAUCUUGAACAAAGAGGACAGGGUCAUUGGACAAAUGUGCUUCAAUCAAUCUAGUCUUGUCAUCUGGGAGGAUCGAAUUGAUCGCAAUUACCCUGUGAGCAAUUUGCUAUAUUGGAUGGAGCAAAACAAGCACAUAUUGGGAUCUCCUGGAAGCUCCUCAAGCCACCCCGACCAUUCAUCGUAUGACAUCACCGAGGACUCUCAAGGCUCUGAAACUCUCCUGUAUCAGCUGCAGACUGGUCGUCACUCUGAUCAAAGUCCUGAGUGGAAAAUGGGGGUCGUUCCAAGCAAAGCAGCGCUGGGAGACAUUGUAUGCUGGGUUGGAGGCACCAAGACGGCUUUGCUCGUGAGGCCAACAGGCAGGCGAAAGGUGGAUCGCAGUACCGAAAGCUACGCGAGAUUUCAAGUAAUCGGUACAGCCAUGAUCGCCGAAGACAUUGCAGACUCGACAAUUGAUCAUCAUCGGAGACUGAAUAUUCAGGGUGGGGACGAUGUAGGAUUCCGACUUCUGGGCCUCGGAGCCGAGUAUCAGUCGGUCAUCGACGGACAUGGUCAUCUCGACGACAUGGAGAUUAAUAAUGCGAGUGGAGGCGACCAAUACAAGGUUGUAACCACGGUACCAACAAUAGCCGCAGAUGAGGCUGUUAAGGGGAGACUACAACAAUUGUAUCAGGAUCAGGGGGCAACUUGGGAAGGUCUAGAUGACCCCCAUGAUCCCUACAACUGGCCGACGCAUCGCAAGAUUACAAUUGCGGUACUGAUUUCAACUGGGCAGUUGAUCACUCUCAUGUCAACCAGCAUGAUGGCAUCCGCUCUACCACAAAUAUCGCGAGAUCUUGGUAUCAGUGCUACCACAACACAAAUCACCUUCUCGCUAUUCGUUUUGGGCCAAGCACUUGCCCCUUUCCUAAUCGCAGCUUUGUCUGAGAUGUAUGGGAGAAAGCCUGUCUGGAUCGGUUCGUGUUGCUUCUAUCAGCUUUGGAAUGCACUAUGUCCCGUCGGAAAGAGUGCGCCGUUGAUGAUUGCCGGAAGGUUCCUGUCCGGUUGCGGAGCCAGUGCUGGUGUAGUGUUGACAGGUCCCAUCAUGGCUGACAUGUACCGGGCCAAAGACCGUGGUAAAUCUCUUGCAAUAGCAUCGUUCAUCCCUUACUUUGGCCCCGCGCUCGGCCCCAUCGUUGGCGGGCUUGUGUCAGAUCACAUCGAGUGGCGGUGGCUGUUCUGGAUAUUGUCCAUAUUCUCAGCAGGAAACACUUUCAUCGCAUACUUCUUAGUCCAUGAGACCUACACACCGAUCUUGCUUCAGCGCAGACUUAAAAGUCAAUUCCCGAGCAGCCGCAGUUGCUUCGAUCAGCCCGGGACCGGAGUUGUCCACAGGGGGCUUUCCAAGGGACUAUCCAUCCAUCUUCUCAGACCGAUGAUAAUCCUAACCAGUCGUCCAAUCAUCCUGAUUAUAUCAUGGAUUUGGGCAAUCAGCUUCGGUCUCUACGUGCUCGUUCUCUCGUCAUUUGCCAGCCUUUGGAUGGACAAAUACGGCCAAUCACAAACCCAAAGUACGCUCAACUACAUUGCUCUAGCCAUCGGCAUCACAAUCUCUUCGCAGGCUGGAGGUCCACUCAUGGACUACAUUUUUCGACGCCUCCGAGACAUAUCCAAUGGCGAGACAACUCCGGAGUUUCGAGUGCCCUACCUCAUCAUUGGUGUCAUUCUCCUCCCCGUAGGUUUGUUCUGGUAUGGAUGGGCGGCAGGGAGGGGCAUGCAUUGGGCUUUCGUGGAUGUCGGCGCCGCUAUCUUUACUUGCGGAACGUUCAUCACGGGUUCUGCAAUAAACGCUUACUUGAUUGAUGAAUUCAAACAUGCUGCAUCGGCAAGCGCGGCAGCACGUAUGCUGUCCAACGUGUUUGGUUUCGCUUUCCCCAUAUUCGCCCCACAACUGUUUAGCAGGCUCGGAUACGGCUGGGGAAAUAGUCUGCUGGCAUUUGUGUUCAUAGGAGUUGGACUGCCAUGCCCCGUCGUUCUUUGGUUCUGGGGCGCAAAGAUACGGGCUCUAGGGCGAGGAGCUCAAGAUUGA